AUGGACUGCGUCCUUCAGGACCCGCAGCUGCUGAUGAUGUUAGUUUCGGCCGCCGGACUGCCGGCCGCCCGAGCUUGUCGAGCUGCCCGUAGAGCCCUCGGCAAGGAGCUUCAGACAUCCAUGCCGGUGCUGUAUGCUAGUGCUAUGCCUUCCAUCUACGUCAUUGGCGGCGCAUGUCGCAACUUAGGUGUGUUGAAUGUCAUGAAGCGACUCGAUGCGGGUGGCACUGAGUGGCAACCGGUGCCAUCGAUGCCAAGCUCCCGUCGGCUCUGUGCUGCAACGGCCUGCAAUGGCUAUCUUUACGUCUUCGGCGGGGAAGCUGUCAGCGUGAUCCCGGGCACGGGCUUCAUACCCAACUCCCUGAACACCAUUGAUGGCAUGCUCAGGGAUUACCUUCAAUUGGAUAGCGCCGAGCGCUUCGAACCAUUGCGAAGCACCUGGGAGGUCCUGCCGCCGAUGCCUACUGCACGAGCUGGCUGCGCAGCUACGACGGCAGACGGCUUGAUCUACGUCUGCGGAGGUCGGCUGUGCGAAACCGUCCUCGCGGCGGUGGAACGAUUUGACCCAGGAAUCGAGCGGUGGGAGAUGCUACCCAGGCAGCCCACUGCCCGGAGUGGUUGCGCAGCUGCAACGGCCAAGGGCUGCGUCUACAUUAUGGGCGGGAAAUGUAGCAACGGCCGCGUGCAGGGCGUGGCAGAACGAUUUCACCCCACUUUUGGCUCCCCGGCCUAA